UUAAAAUGCCACUUUGUAAAUUGUAGGUCUACAGAGAAAAAGCCGCUCUCUCUCCCUCCUUCCCUCGUUCGUUCUCUUCCACUCUCCUCUCUAUAUCCUACACACAGCUCUCUCUCUCUCUCUCUCUCUCUCUCUCUCUCUCUCUCUAGCAAUUCUGAUCCGAAGCUCCAAUAUUGAUUGUAUCCCAGGAAAAAUCUCCAGGUGAAGAAUCCUGUUUUCAGAACAGAACAGAGUCUGUUGACUUUAGAGAUUUCACUAGGAGAAGGAUAAGGAUUUCGAAAAAAAAAAAUGAAUCACGUACCUUCUGAUCAGAGUUUUUACAUUGAGAGCGAGGAUGAAGAUGAAAGGAAAGAUUACGAAGAGGAAGAAGAUGGUGGAAGCCAUUCUGAUUCCUCUGAUGCUUAUGAUGAAAACCAGAUGCAGAAUAAGCCAAACUCAUACACCACGGCUUGGCCACAGAGUUACAGGCAGUCGAUUGAUCUUUACAGUAGUGUACCGUCUCCAAGUAUUGGCUUUCUUGGUAAUAACUCCAUGACGAGAUUCGGAAGCUCUUUCUUGUCAUCUUCACUGAUAAGAAGACAUACUCCGGAAUCGUUACCUGCUGUUACAAAACCUCUGCUCUCACCACAAGCCGAUGAACAACCACCACCACCACCACCAAAACACAGACUUAGCUCUCAUGGCUUGCUCUCUCCUGCUCCUUCGAGGAGGGGUUCAAUGCGAAAGGACGAGAAAGGAACCAUGGUCUCUCAUGAAAUCCCAAUGUCCCGCAAUAGCUCAUACGGACAAGCUGUUCUAAAUGGAUUGAACGUACUAUGUGGAGUUGGGAUACUUUCAACGCCUUAUGCUGCAAAAGAAGGAGGAUGGUUAGGGCUAAUGAUACUGUUUCUAUAUGGUCUUCUUUCUUUCUACACUGGAAUCCUCUUGCGUUACUGUCUCGACAGUGAGUCUGACCUCGAGACCUAUCCUGACAUUGGCCAAGCUGCGUUUGGUACCACCGGACGUAUCUUUGUCUCGAUAGUACUCUAUUUGGAGCUAUACGCGUGCUGUGUGGAAUAUAUAAUAUUGGAGAGUGAUAAUUUGUCUUCAUUAUAUCCAAAUGCUGCCGUAAGCAUUGGAGGAUUUGAGUUAGAUGCACGUCAUCUAUUUGCAUUGCUCACCACUCUCGCUGUUCUCCCCACCGUUUGGCUCAGAGAUCUCAGUGUACUGAGUUAUAUCUCAGCUGGAGGGGUGAUUGCAUCGGUGCUAGUGGUUUUGUGUUUGUUCUGGAUUGGUUUGGUAGAUGAAGUUGGGAUUCACAGCAGAGGAACCACACUGAAUCUUUCAACUUUACCUGUAGCUAUAGGUCUCUAUGGUUACUGCUACUCAGGACAUGCUGUUUUCCCCAAUAUCUAUACUUCUAUGGCCAAACCAACUCAAUACCCUGCUGUUCUCUUGACAUGCUUUGGUAUUUGUACUCUGAUGUAUGCUGGCGUCGCUGUAAUGGGAUAUACGAUGUUUGGAGAAUCAACAGAAUCGCAGUUUACUCUCAACUUGCCUCAAGAUUUGGUUGCAACUAAAAUUGCUGUGUGGACUACGGUAAGUAGAUCAUAUAUGUGGUCAAUCCAUUUACCAAAUAUCCUUUUGCAAGAAAAUACUCAGGAAUUGUUUUCUUUUACUGUUAAUUCCAUAAAGAUGUCUAAAGUUCAUCAUAUUUGUGUGUAUACCUUAACAAAAGAAAGCACAUAUGCUUUGACAAUAUCUCCAGUAGCACUGAGUCUUGAGGAACUGAUACCAUCAAGGCAUAACAAGUCACAUUGGUACGCCAUUGGCAUUAGAACCGCAUUGGUCUUCUCUACGCUUCUUGUCGGUCUUUCAAUUCCCUUCUUUGGUCUUGUCAUGUCAUUGAUUGGAUCAUUGUUGACAAUGCUUGUCACGCUAAUACUUCCACCAGCUUGCUUCUUGUGCAUUGUAGGGAGAAAAGUUACCAGGAUACAGAUGUUGCUGUGUGUCUUAAUCAUCGUAGUAGGAGCAAUAUCUUCCGUCAUUGGCUCAUAUUCAGCUCUCUCCAAGAUCGUUGAGAAAUUGAGCAGCUGAACAUAAAUCUCUUAUAUUUUUUUUUUUUUUUUUACAAAAAUGUUAUAUACCCAUUUUGUCUUCUGGGGAAUACUUGUUCUUUUUCUUCCUUUUUUGGUCUAAUAACUUCAUAUAGCAAUUGAUUCUUGCAUUUACAGGUUUUGUUGUAAUAUUCUGAGUGGUGAUUUACAUCUUCAGACUGGUGUGAAACACAUACAUCUACGAUGUCUUUGAUUAAUAAAGAUUAUGCCUCAAUGUACAAAAACUGUGUGUUGUGUGUAUAUAAUCUUUUGCCUUAUCCUUCAAAAUCCAAAUCCAAAUCUCUCUCUACAAUACCUUCGUUAGAAAACCCGUAACUACUACUUCUUCUACUCUUGAGAAUCAACUCAGAGCUCUUCAUCAGUUGAAUGUAUUUCUUCCUUACUGCUAACACAGGAUGUGUCUCUACACUGGCUUUGUCUCUGUAAGGCUCUCUGAGAAUAGCCGUACAGGUCUUGUUCUUCAUGGACAAGUAAAAGAUCUGUGGAUGUCUCUCAAAGGCCUUGUGAACCUUUUGAGGCAAUCCGAAGUGUUUCUUGAGGCAUAAGAGCUUCUUCCUCUCCGCUGAGUGAUCGACAAAGAGGCAGAGCAGCUCGUGAAGAAACCCAACGACUCUCUUCUCUGCUACAUCACUUUCGAUGGAAACAGAGGAAACCCAAUUUCUGAAUCGUCUCCUUGAUUCUUCUGCAACACAGACAGAAUCUUUUCUCCAUUAUAGUUUACAGCUAAACCUUUAACUCCAUCUCCCAUAUCCACAAACCUAAACGAAGAGUCGAGAUUCAUCUCUGGGAACUGAAGGUAAUCAUCUGGCAAACCCAGGUACCAUUUCAUGCCUUGAACAAUACUCAGCGGCAAGACGUUGUCUUUGCUCAUCAGAAUCAGUUUCCUCAACCUCUGACGCAAAUCCUCGGCGGAGUUUUGGUAAACGAGCUUCUCUUCCCUGUGGAGCUCUGCAGCUUCUGGUGUCAAUCUAAACCAGGGGAGAUUGUGCUCUGGACCAACGAACUCCUCGAAGAUGGAUGGAAACUGCCUUAAGAACUUGGCGAUUUUAACCGAGACAUCGAACUGGAGCAUCUUCUUGGAGACGGAGGAGAUCGGGAUGCAGCGAUCGGGAUCCUGGGCGAUACAGUUCUUGAGAGCGAGGACGGAUUUGAGCUGAGAAGAGCGGAGAAUGUGUUCGAUGUUGUCGAAGUAAGCAUCUUUCUUCCAUUUCAUGUAAACGCCAACGUAAGUCCGGUUCUGGGUAAAGGAGGAAGCUAGGGUUUUAAGGGUUUGGGCAUGGCGGCUGAUGGAGAACAUUGUGGAAGACAGAAGAUUCAGUUUUGCAAAAUCCCGAGACAGGAAAGAGAGUGGCAAAGUCGAAAUUAAAUGAAAUGUAAUUAUGAUUUUAAAUAG